CAGUAAUAUAGAAAACAAAAAAAAGAAAAGACAAAAAAUCAACCAAUAGGAGAAAAUUUGUAAAGUUUAUCAGAAAAAGGUUUAAAUUUAAUUAAAAAAUUUCAUUUAACAGCAAAAAAAACUAAACAUAUUAGCAAUUGAAGUGUUUAAACAUUGUUUGCAUAAAGUAAAAAUUACAAUAAUGGGUGUUCUAAAGUGAAAAUAUUCAAUUUUAUAUUUUGUGAAAAAAGGAAGGCGUAACAAAGCAAGUAUCUAGUCACCAGGAGAGUUAGUCAGAAGAAAGCAAUUCUUUAACCAAACAAAACAGAAUUCAAAUAAGAAUUUGAAGUAUUGUUAGAGAUCUUGUUCCAAAUUAAAAUCUACUUGGAUUAUAAUAAAAGUUCAGAAACUUACCCAUGAGCAAUUAUAGACAUCACGGAGGUGGUGGUGGGUAUUGUGGUAUAGAAGUACGAGACAUGCAUCCAAGAAUUUCGAAUAAUUUCACUUAUGUGAGUUCAUGUGUUAAAUACAUGAUAUUCAUGUUGAAUUUUAUAUUUUGGCUAUUUGGUGGACUUUUAUUGGCCAUUGGUCUGUACGCCUUUAUGGACAAAUGGGAGUCCACUGGUUGGGUGCGCUUGGAGAGUUUUUAUGAUGUAAUUCUCAAUAUUUCCUUGGUUAUGAUGAUUGCUGGUGUUGUGAUAUUCGUGGUCAGUUUUGCUGGCUGCUUGGGUGCUUUACGCGAGAAUACGUGUUUGCUUAAAUUCUAUUCCAUGUGUUUGUUACUGUUUUUCCUAAUGGAGAUGGCAAUUGCUAUAAUGGGUUUUGUAUUUCCACAAAAUAUGAAUACAUUUUUGGAAGAUACAUUUACCGAUAAAAUUAUACACUCAUAUCGUGACGAUCCGGAUUUGCAAAAUUUUAUUGAUUUCGCUCAGCAAGAAUUUAAAUGCUGUGGUCUAAGCAAUGUUGGCUAUCAAGAUUGGAGUAAAAAUGAAUAUUUCAACUGCUCUUCACCAUCGGUGGAGAAAUGUGGUGUUCCCUACAGCUGUUGCAUCAAUGCUACCGAUAUAAGUUCAGGCCUUGUUAACAUUAUGUGCGGCUAUGGCGUACAAGAACACUCAGUUGCUGCAGCAAGUAAACGUAUCUGGACUAGCGGUUGCAUUGAAAUUGUACGUGUUUGGGCAGAAAGAAAUCUGUAUGUUAUUGCUGGCGUAGCAUUAGGUAUAGCUCUUAUACAAUUAUUUGUUAUUUACUUGGCCAAAACAUUAGAGGGACAAAUAGAUCUGCAAAAGUCGCGUUGGUCGGCGUGAAAUCAGUAGUAGAUGAAGUGAUGUGUUGGCAGCAAACAUUUUUUGAAUAUCUUUUCUCUCUACAAUUUUUUACGAUUCGAUAAUUUUCUGUAUGCAUUUUAUACUGCCUUGCUCAAUAUUAAUUUACGACAAAAAAAGAGUGCUGAAUAUGAGAGUGCUCAUCAGAUAAUAGGUUAAUUUUAGUUUUUCAUAUUCAUUCAUAAAGGCCACUGCAAAAAUCAUUUAUAUUCUUUUUUCAGUAAGUUUAAAAAUUCUUUAGUUUUUUUCUUUUCUUUUAUAUAUACAAAUUAAACUAACAUCUCUUUUAAGAUCCAAGGUCUUUAAAAUUGUUCAAGAUCUUCCCCGUUUUUUACAUCCCUUAAAAUUAAAAAAGAAGACUUUAAAGGAAAUAUAAAAUUUCUAACAUAAUUAGAGAAAAAACAAAACAAACAAAAAAAACGUGCAAAAUUUUUUAUUACAAAUUGCCAAAGAAAAGUGCAUUUUUUUCUAAACCCACAAAAACUACGUAAAUUCUUGUUUAAGAAAACAUUUUUUGUUAGUUUUUUUAAGCACAAUAAUCGAAUUAUUUAAAUCUCAAUCUAAAACAUUGCCAAAGUGCAUUUUUCCCCAAUCCUACAAAAACUACACAAAGUAUAAUUUUAAAGUAGUUAUUUUAUUUUGGGAAUUACUUUUCUGUUUGUGUUUUGGUUGCAAUAAUACUAACAAAUUCUAUGGAAUUAUUUAAAUCUCAAUCUAAAACAUUGCCAUUUUUAACCAAGCGUUUAAAAUAAACAUUUUUUAAUCGUAAUAAUAUUUACAAAUUUUACUAACUCAUUUUAUUUUGAUAACUCUUAAAGUAACUUAUACUCACUAGAAACUUUUGUGUGACAAAAGUAUUUGCCAAUUCUCAAUGUUAUAUCCCCUCAACAAAAAUCAGCAAAAACAAAAUAGAACUGAAUCAGUGAAAUUUUUAUUUUCUUAUAAUUAGCUUUAAGCUUUGAGAGUUAUUAUUCAAUAUUUGAGAAAUUAAUGUUUAUUUAAGAAAAAAAAAAUUCAACUCAAAUUAUAAUCUCAUAAAUACUCAAAAAUAUUCAUAUAUCUGCAUAAUAAAGUAAAAUAGUAAUAAAAAAAUAACAUUUUUAAAAGUGUUUCACAUGAAUUUUAAUUCCGAAUAUGUAUGAAAUCCAAUUUGACGACUACCAAAUACUUAUGAAUAACCCCAUGCUGUUCUGGAAAAUGUAUUACAAUUUAUAGUAUUUUUAUUGUUUAUCAAAAUUACUUUUUAUAUUGAAAAAACAAUAGCUUAAUUAAUAAUCUACAAUUAUAUUAAUUACAGUUUAUAAUUCUAUAUAAUUUUCUUAAGAGAAAGAAAGAAAACGACACCAUUCCACUUUGUAUCAAAAAGUUUGAAUUUGUCCUCCAGAACAGUAGUGUGCGAAUAUAUUUAAAGUUAAGUGUAUUUUGUAAUUGUCAUCAUCUUGAGUAUUUUUAAAAUUAGUUAUUAGUAAUAAAAAAUAUAUAUGUAUUGAAUAGUAUAUUUAAAAAUAUAAGAAUCUAUAUAAAAUUUUAGGUAUAAACGUUUAUUAUAUGUAGUUUAUAUGUAAUUCAAAUGAAAAUUCAUUAAAUAAAUAUUCAUUAAUA